GAGUGGAUUUAAAAGGGGUAAGCGAAGACAAAUUAAAAUCAUUGCCUGAUAAUGGUCCAAUAUCGGAUCUGAAAAAUGCCACUCCGGCUGGAACUGCCUAUAAAUAUAAAGAUUAUGUUAAGUUAAAUGCGGCCGGAGAUGGAAACUGCUUUUUAAACUCUUUUUCAGUAUUCUUAACUGGAAAAAAUGGAGAUGCGAGUUUAGCCUUACCAUUAAGGGUUAAGGAAGUAAGAGAAAAGUCGGUUGAGGACAUUCCACAAAUCAUUUUAACUCGAGCAGAUGAUUUAUUUAUUCGCAAAUUGCUAGCACAAGAAAUUCCUCAAAUAAAGGAAGGAGUCAUUGCUAUUCGUGAUAUUUUGCGUUUGCCAGGACUAGUAAGUAAAGUAAUGGUCGAAAGGGGCAAAGUAGCGAUGGAAAAAGGGUUAAAACUUGACCCGGCUGGAACCUGUAUUGGUGAAGAAGGCGAAAAAGCCAAGUCUGUUUCCCGCUUGAUUUAUCCCGAACGAAUUGACUUUGCCGAUUGGACCGAAGACAAAAAAAGACUACUUCCGAAAUUGCUUUCACCAGCUAGUCCUAACCGUCCGGCUCAAGGAGUAGUGGUUGACAGUUACCCGCACCCUCAAACUAAUUCCCAAAUAAGUGAAUUAUUAGUCCGGGAUGGCGAAUUAAGAAUUAAGGACACUAUCUUUCUCAAUGGGAAAUUUGGUCAAGUCAAAAUGAUGCUUAACAUUCGCGGUCAGAAAAUCACCACUGCUCAUCCAAGCGAUAUAGUUCAAAUUGUUGGUUUAAAUAUUCCAGCGGAAUUAGGAGACAAAUUUGUAGUGGUAAACGAUGAAAAAACAACUGCUAAAAUAGAGAAUGAUGAGAAAAAAAAUGUCAAUUUAGUUCUGAGCGCCGAUAGUCAAAACAGUCUGGAAGCCCUCAGUGAACUGAUAAGAAAAAAAAAUACUCCUAAUUUCAACUUUUCAAUCGUUUAUACCACCGUAGGAAACUUGAAUAGUUUUGCUCUCGAUUUAACCAAGAUUACCAGCAGCACUGUUCUAAUUUUUGGCUACCAGCCUCCCCAACAGCAAGCAAGCACUCUAAAAGAAAAUAAUAUCCCUUUUUUUAGUAGUAAAAUUAUAUACGAGAUUGGAGAAAAAUUAGCCGAGAUUAUCAACCGCCACCAAGAGAUAGAAGAGAUAGAAGAAGUAGUAGGAACAGCAUUAGUAAAGGUAGUUUUUGAAUUCUCUAAGGGCAACAUUGCCGGCUGCCAAGUAACUAGCGGUAAAAUUAGCCGUAACAAGCGGGUUUACGUGCUGCAAGGAAAAGAAGAAAAAAAAGUUUUUGUCGGCGAAAUCAAAAGUUUAGAAAGUAAUAAAGUAGAAAAAAAUGAAGUCAGUAGCGGUCAAGAGUGCGGAAUUGUUUUGAAAGGAUUUGAUAAAUUUCAAGAAGGAGAUAAAAUAAUAGCUUUUCAUUUAAUAAAGAAAAAUGUCAUUCAGUAA